CAGAGGCACCUCUUGCCUGACCCAUUCACAGUUGAGAGCUGGUUGUUGAUUACUACAGUCGAUCGUAAGGUAGGCUGCGGAGUUGGUUGUAUUAGCGUGUGACUACUUCAUUAAAAGUGACGACUAACGCGAUGCCUAGUAAGGAAGAGACUUGCGUCUUGACGAAUGGUACUGCAGCUACAGCGCAGGAUUUUUUAGCUCGGGACGUGGAAGAGCUAGUGUCGGAGAUAAAAGAAAACCUUCGAUUGUCUGGGUUAAAAUCUCGGCCAGCAUUUUCUGUUCGCCACAAGUCAAGAGCGUCGCCCUACAUGAUACCUACCAGGAGCUGGGCGGCUGACGGAAACGAUGCCUGCGUCAAGUCACCGAGUUCCAGUUGCGGUGGGCAUUCCUGUGUCACCGUUAACAAAAAAUUGAACAAAUCUAGCGAGACGGCCAGCGAUGAUCCGUAUGAAAUGCUGCAGGAGCUCCUGCGGGAUGGCAGCCUCAUCAAAGAAGCAGUCCGGCGCCUUCAGAAAGGUUUGUCACCCAAGCAGAGGUAUUUCUACGAGUCUGACGAAGAGGGCGUAAGUCCGCUACGUAUGUGCCAGCUGGAACUCUGAACAUCCUGACGCCCGAGUUCCUAGUCGAAGUUCCUGGUGAAUUGCCGUUCGACGGCACGUGUGGCUUUGGGGUGUCUACAGUGUGAAGACGACUUCGCUUGGCUACUUUCGGAAAUUUUGCCGGUACAGAUUGAAGUUCGUCGUGGAAGUGAUCGUAGCCGAGUUUCCUCGUGUCGUGACUUCAACUUGGAAAUGAUAAAAUGUAGUUGGUUGUUAGAUAACGAAUGCUGUGUGUAGAGUGUUGUCAGCACGCUACCGGCAGAACUAAUUCUCAGUUAAUGUGUAUUCUUUCCUCUGUAGACUUUCUUUAAAUGUGAAUUACGCUUAAUUUCUUUUGUGACGUCUUUCAUCGGCUGAUAUUUAUAGCAACUUCUUUCCUUGUAAAUUUACGCUUAUACAUUAUAGUGGACGACGAGCUGUAUUAAUAGUGAUAAGAUUGAAAUUUUGAUUGUGUGCUUUUUAGCACAUGGAGUUUGAACGUCCGUUAACAUGCUAAGCAAAAAAAAAUGUAAGUAGCAAGUUUUUCUGUAUUGUUGAUGUAGAAUUAUUGACUGGUUUAUGUGUAAAUAGCACAUUCCAGAUUUUUUACAUCGCAUAUUCCUGUUUUCUCCAUUCGCAAGAUGAUGUGUUGUAUUUACAUAAUGAUCUCAUGUAAACAAUGCAGUUGGACGUGAGCUUUAAUGACGUAAUGCGCAUGAUUUGCUUGAGCGCUGAUUUUAGUUCUCUCAGAUGGAAUUUAAGGUUGGAAACAUAAUUUUUUUUUCAGGAUGAAUAGGCGAAGACGUACAAAACGUUUAAAAUUGGAAUAACAAACAUUUCUUAUUUUCUUUUUUGCGUGCGUCUUUGAUCAUAUUACCCCAAUGCAGUUUUAUAUAUAUUGUGUCCGAUGCCUGCAAUGCAUAUUUACGUAAUUCCAACAUAUAUGAUGUGAAUCGAUGUCUUAAAAAAAUUUUAAGCCAAAAUCAUCUCGCUAUUUAUUUGUUAAAUACACUUGCCUCGUUUGAGUAGGCCUACGAUGUGUGUUGUAAAACUAAUUUUUUUCAUUGUUGAAAAAUGCACAAGUGUAUUUCCGAAGUUACUUUAAAGGUAUCAAAUAUUUUGUAAAACUUGUAAAGUUGAUGUAUUUACUGUGCAUGUUUUAGUGCAUAGAGAAAGGAAGCUGUUCUUUUAAAGAAUGGUUGAAUAAAAUUGAAAAGAUUUUACCCCUAGCAUUUUUAUUUGGUAACUUUUUGAGUGAGUAACUUUUUCCUACGAAAAGUUUUAGUAACAUUUUGCGUUGGUGAUUUAAAUUUUUAGUGGUUCUUGUCUCAUAUUUUCAGGUUUUAUGGCGCAAUUCUGAUCUGUAAUAAAUUGCUUGUCGUACCGCAAAUCUCGUUAUCAGUUUUGAUAGUGAUACAUGAUGGAACAGCUGUAUUUUGUCCCAGCUAAUCGCGUGUUGUUUUCCUCUGCCUUCAAUUGAUCAUCCUCCUUGAAACAAGAUGGCGGCGAGAGCAAGCGCCGGCUUCUCCAUGGGCGAGGGCACGCUGACCGUGCCCCACGAGCUGUUCCGGCAGAACCGCGAGCGGCUGUGCGCGCGGCUCCGCGCCCUCCCCGGGCUGCCGGCCGGCUGCGUGGUGCUGCUGCAGGGUGGCUCCGGCGUGCCGCACUACGACACCGACGUCGAGUACCUCUUCCGCCAGGAGCCGUUCUUCCAGUGGUCGUUCGGCGUGAAGGAGCCCGACUUCUUCGGCGCCGUCGUGGUGUCGACGGGCCGCAGCGUGCUGUUCGCGCCGCGCCUGCCCGAGUCGUACGCCGUGUGGAUGGGCAAGCUGCACCCGCUGGCGCACUUCCGCGGCCUGUACUCCGUGGACGAGGUGCACCACGUCGACCAGAUGCAGCAGGUGCUUCGUCAGCUGGCGCCAGAUGUGCUGCUGCUCACGCUGUAUGGAGAGAACACGGAUAGUGGAUAUUUUGCUAAAGAGGCUGUGUUUGAUGGAAUAGAAACAUUUAAAAAGAACAACAAGCUCUUGUUCCCGGAAAUCGUGCAGUGCCGGUUGAUCAAGACCCCGCUGGAGAUGGAAGUGAUGCGCUACGUGAACCGGGUGUCUUCGGAUGCCCACGUCCUGGUGAUGCGCAACGCCAAGCCGGGGAUGAAGGAGUACGAGGCGGAGGCCCUGUUCGCGCACCACUGCUACGCGGUGGGCGGCUGCCGCCACGUGGCGUACACUUGCAUCUGCGGCAGCGGCGAGAACGGGGCCAUCCUGCACUAUGGCCACGCCAGCGAUCCCAACGACCGCACCAUCAAGGACGGGGACAUGUGCUUGUUUGACAUGGGGGGCAGCUACUGCGGCUACGCCUCUGACAUCACCUGUUCCUUCCCCGUCAACGGCAAGUUCACGGCCGACCAGAAGGCCGUCUACAACGCAGUGCUCCAGGCAAGCCUGGCCGUGUUCCAGGCAGUCAAGCCAGGAGUGUCGUGGGUCGACAUGCACAUAUUGUCGAACAAGGUCAUGCUGCAAGAACUCAAAGACUACGGACUGCUGAAGGGCAAUGUGGACGACAUGAUGAAGGCCGGCCUGGCGGAGGUGUUCCAGCCGCACGGCCUGGGACACCUGAUGGGGCUGGACGUGCAUGACGUGGGCGGCUACCUCCCGGGGGCACCCCCACGCCCCACACAGCCGGGCCUGUGCAAGCUGCGCACCGCUCGAGUGCUGGAGGAGGGCAUGGUCCUCACCAUCGAGCCGGGCUGCUACUUCAUCGACGUGCAACUCGACAGAGCACUCGCAAGCCCAGAGCUCUCAGAGUUCCUGGUGCCUGCAGAGAUUCAGCGCUUCCGUAAAUUUGGUGGUGUCCGCAUUGAGGACGACAUCUUAGUGACUGCUGAUGGUGCUGAGAACUUAACUAAAGUACCGCGCACGGUGGAAGACAUUGAAAAUGUGAUGGCGUCUGGACGAUGGGCAGGCACUGCAUAACAUCAGAAAUUUACACAUAUUCUUACAAUGUUAUGUUACUGCUUUUCAUUUUAUACAGGAUAGCAUUUAAUAACACAUAUAUGUAUUCAUAUUGGUGUAUUGCUAUGGAUAAGGAAUAUUAGGAUGGAUUUACAAUUUUAGUUUGUUUUACAGGAGAUAUGAAAAUAUUUAACCAUGAUGAAUAAAAAUGUUAUCAUUAUCACCUAA